GGAUCACCGUGACUUCAAGGCCAGCCUGGGCUGCAAUAUGUAGAGAACCUGUCUCAAAGACAACAAUCAAAAGUUUCACAGGCCGGGCCCAAACUUGCUGCCCUUCUGCCCCACCAUGAGGCUGACCGUUCUUGUCACUGUGUGAGCUGUUGGCGUUCAGCACUGUCUGGGCAGGCCGGUGCUUCUCACCUUCCUGGCUGUGCCCUCUCCACUGUCCAGUGUCAGCAGCUGUCCCUGAGCCUACGCUCUGACACCCCAGGGCUGCCACUGCUUCUUAGCGAGCACGUCACUCCUGCACCCCUCUUUGCUGGGACAGCUGUCCCUGCCUGCACAUCCUCCCCAAUGGAAACGGUCCGCACUCUUCAUCUCCUCUGUUGGCCCUUGGCCUGCCUUCUCUGCCCCAGGGUCCCAUUCCAGGCCUCACGUGAUACUGUCAUAGGUCUCCUGAGGCUCCUUGCAGCUGUCACGCAGCCUCAGCUUUCCUUGUUCCUGGUGACUGAUGGUUUGGGGAGUACUGGUCAGAUGCUCUGUACGAUGCCCCUCUCCUGGGACUCGUUCGGUGGUUUUCCUGGGGACAGGACGGGCAGCUCUGGAACUGGUGUUCUCUGAAAUCAGGCAGCAUUGUAAGCAAAGAGAACAUGAUGGCAGCCAUGUUUCUGGCUGUUGGAGUGGACGGCUGGACAGACAGGAAGCUGUCAUGACCCACAUGGUCAUGGGUCAUGGGGUUUUACUUGCUCCAUCACCUAGGAGGGCCUGGAACAUCCCCUUAGCUAGCACCCCUGGUGCCCAGUCCUGGGUUUUGAUACCAUUCUGUAGUAAAUAAAGGGAAGCAGGAUCCUUAGCGAAGUGGCCGGUUCCAGGGCAGAGGCAGGAAAUACACAAGAAACAUCUGUGUGACCAGGAAGUGAAGACGCAUCCACAAUACACACUUGUGCACACAUAGCGAGGGGACCUGGGCAGCAGGCAAGAGGGAUGCGGAAACCAGGUGAGAGUGCUCCUAGCCAAAGCUAGAACAUUCUGAACAAUGCUGCAAGGUAGUGUUGUGCCACAGCUCGAGGUGUAAAAUAAACGUCCUUACUGAUUGAAAUUACAGGUUGAGUAAAUAAAUACGAGAGAUCACUCUCCACUGUGUGCAAGAGCCCCCGGGGAAUUCCUGUAACCCCCCCCCAGGAGCCUCUUGUCACAGUCUGCAUUCCUCCUUGACUCCGCUGGCAUCCUGAAGGAUUUUUUUUAAAGAAUUGAUGUAUAUUAAUGCUCGCUGUGCUGUAAAGUUGAGGUUUUGCAAGUUCUCAAAGUUCUGUGUCUGUCAUGCAUGUCAGUCACAUGUCAUAAUGUCGUGUCUCAUGCGUGAGCACCGACACAGUGCCCUCCAGAACAGCAUCUGCCCUGCUGCCCAGCGCCCACGGUUGUGCUAUCACUGUGCGCACAGUGUCACAGCACUGGGACCCCCCCAGCUCCCCUCAGUGGCGUGUGGACAGCACCAGCCACUGUCGACCCCUCCGAGGACGUCCUGGCAGCCUGCAGUCUUCCAGGCUGUGGGAAGCUGGGAGGCGGGUUCCCACGGGGGUCUCUGGCACACCUGUGCCUGCACCCCACCCCAAGUCUGCUCUGCCAGGCUGGGCCCAGCGGUUCUCUUCCUCUUUCCUUUUCUCUGCGAAGACUUCAUUCUUUAAAGACAGAACCUGCAGUGUCUCUGCUGUGGGGAGAACAAGGACUAAGUAAGUGGGUGUCGGGCCCACAGGCUCAUGGGCUCUGCCUGGGCCAGUGGUCUCUUUUUAAAACUUCCGUCCAGGGCUGGGGAUUUAGCUCAGUGGUUCUGCCGCCUGCCUCGCAAGCUCAAGGUCCCAACUUUGAUCCCCGGUACGACCUGUGGCCCGCUUGCUUCACCAUGUCGUAGGCAGUGCACUUUGUAAUGCUGGCUGGGUCUGGAAGAGCUUAAGGAACUUGCUUGGAGUUGUGAGUAGAAGUUAGUCUAAGGCAGGGCUUCCUUCCUUCCUGAGUGACAGAGGACAGAAGCAGCCAGGAGAGAGCCUCUGCCUGCGGGGCCAUCAUGAAAAGCAUGACAAAAAGUAGGUAGCAGCUUAACUAUGCCAAGAGCACAGAGCUGAGUAGCCGCUUCCCAGCCCAGCGUGACCUUGGGCCUCCCGCUCUGAUGUCUGUGGUGAUACGUUUGCCCGGUGUUGGGUGUCGCUCCGGUGGACUCACACUGGGCCUGGCCUUCCUUGUUCCCUUCUUGGACUGGGCUUAGUGUUUUGGGGUUUAACCCAUGUUGUGUUGGCCUUGAUCAUUUCUUUCAUUUUCUUCGCAAAAGAUAACCAUUGUCUGACUCUGAUCGGCCUGGGUUGGUUGGUUUGUCUGCUGGGUGGCUGUGUGGGGCGUUUCCUCCGGGGAGACUGCGGUAGUGCUGCUGGGAGCAGAUGUGCACGUGCUGUCUCUUCUGCUCGUCUUCUUGAGCAAACCCCUAGUCACGGGGUGGGUGUGUGUUUACCACCGAGGAAGUGUCAGACUGCUCUCCCAAGCGAUUGUUCUGUUGGUUGCUUUAAUUUCUAGGAAUAAUCGGGGUUUGGUUUCAUAGAGAUCCUGCUGAAGACCUGCUGUCUGCAGUGAGCAGUCCUGUAUCUCACUUCCGGCCUUAGAUUUCAGGACAUUGCCAAGACACUCCCUGGGAAACACCUCUGAAUAUCAGUAAGCGUCUGAAGGGUUUGGUUAGUGUAUCCUGUCACAUAGGACAGCAUGCACCUGAGGAUCCUGAAAAAAAGGCGCAAAAUGUCCGAGUGAUGUUCAGAAGUCAUCUGUGCGGCUGUGUCCGGGAACCAUGCAGCCCUCGGGACACCGGCUCCGGGACGUUGAGCACCACCCCCUCCUGACGGAAACCGACAGCUGUGACUCUGCGUCCUCUUCCUCCCCCGAGGCUGACGCGGCUGACAGGGUGUGGUUCAUCCGCGACGGCUGCGGCAUGGUGUGCGCCGUCACGACCUGGCUCCUGGUCGUCUACGCAGACUUCGUGGUGACGUUCGUCAUGCUGCUGCCUUCCAAGGACUUCUGGUACUCCGUGGUGAACGGGGUCGUCUUCAACUGCCUGGCAGUGCUGGCGCUCUCGUCGCAUCUGCGGACCAUGCUCACCGACCCUGGGGCGGUGCCCAGAGGGAAUGCAACGAAGGAGUACAUGGAGAGCCUGCAGCUGAAGCCUGGGGAGGUGAUCUACAAGUGCCCCAAGUGCUGCUGCAUCAAGCCCGAGCGCGCGCACCACUGCAGUAUCUGCAGAAGAUGCAUUCGGAAAAUGGACCAUCACUGCCCGUGGGUGAACAAUUGUGUGGGAGAAAAGAAUCAGAGAUUUUUUGUGCUCUUCACUAUGUACAUCGCCCUGUCGUCGGUGCACGCGCUUGUCCUCUGCGGCCUGCAGUUCAUCUCCUGCGUCCGGGGACAGUGGACUGAGUGCAGCGACUUCUCGCCCCCCAUAACUGUAAUCCUGUUGAUCUUCCUGUGCCUUGAGGGUCUGCUGUUCUUCACAUUCACCGCAGUGAUGUUUGGCACCCAGAUCCACUCAAUAUGCAACGAUGAGACGGAGAUCGAGCGGCUGAAAAGCGAGAAGCCCACGUGGGAGCGCAGGCUGCGCUGGGAAGGGAUGAAGUCUGUCUUCGGGGGUCCCCCCUCACUCCUAUGGAUGAACCCCUUCGUCGGCUUCCGGUUCCGGCGACUGCACGUGCGGCCCAGGAAAGGCGGCCCAGAGUUCUCGGUGUGACCCGUCGGAGUCUCCGCCAGCUCGGUCUGUGGGGCCUGUGACCAUGGGACAGCAGCCACGUGGACGCGUGACAGGGUACGGCGGCUGCCGCUGUGCCCCAAGCCGGUGUCACACUGUCGGCGUGGACCAGGGUCUCCGGCUCCGGCGCCCCGACCUGGGGGCGUCUCCGUGGAGACUGCGCCCCAAGCUCAGGCUUCCGGAACACUCCCGGGCAGCCCCCCAGCGAGUGUGUGUGUCUGUGCGUGUGUGCAGUGUGCAUGUGUCCAAAUCGCAGUGUCUCCUCGGUGUCACAUUUAGCGGCUGUGUACAGCAAACAAGCUAUUUUCAGAAGUCGACAUUUCAGGGAAGAGGGGCGGGCCGUGCAGGUCCCUGCUGGUGUCUAUGAAUGUAUUCCAGACCAGAGAGGGUCUCAGUCCAAAGAACAGCCGUCCUGUGUGGCCCUCCGGUGCCCUCCAGACCCGUCCGCAGGCCCGGAACGGAUUCAUGGUUUCGGCCAGGGUGGCCAUGUGAGGCUGGUCCUGGGUGGCGGGCGGCCUUUGGCCCUACUGGGCAGGGACAGGCUCGAAUGGUGGCCAGAGGGGCAGCUUCCGUUUUUACGUCUGUCCUCUCUCCGGGCACAGGUGGCCACCUGGGCCCCUUGCUGUGAGCUGGAAACCGUCAGCCACCCGGGCUUUGCCUCUGACCCACACUUCGGGCGGUGGCAGGCCUUCCGUGGCUGUCCCCCACGUGGUCCCUGCCUGGUGCCGUGCAAUGGCACCAGCGGCUCUGUCCCCUGCCCUUGCAGGACAUCUGCUGAGUCCCUGGAGGGUGGGCAGCGUCCAGGACAGCACGAGCCUGUUCUGCAUGAGUCUGGGGGACGAGGUGCUGGGCUUCGGUGCGAGGCUUUAGUAACCGGUUCAUCGCUCGGUAACUGUCCCGGCAAGAGGGGCUGGCAGCUGCGCGCAGAUCAAGUACACCUGGCUUCCCACCUCUCCUCCGGUGUAACUUUUUACAUGAAAUAAAAUAGCCCAGCAGCCGUUGUCAGACCACUUCUGGGUCACGCGGUUCUUGCUCAGCGGAGUUGUGUGCCUCGGUUUACCCACUGGGGCCAGGCCCACACGCUUGCCCCUCCCUCCAGUACCUGCGACCUUCGUGCCCGACCGUCGACGUGGGCAUCUGUGUCUCCCCGUUCUCCGCUGGUCCUUUCCGUCCCCUUCCUGUCUCCUCAGCAGUCCUCUAACCAGUUUUUAGUGCGCAUUUUAAUAAACUACUACGAAUCUCUUCCGUCCGGCACUUCC